UCCAGUCGUAAUGGCGCUAUACUUAACGCUAUUUCCCUUAAUUAUAGCUAUUGUUAUAAAUGUAAAGGUCGAUGAUGCCUUCAUUAGAAAUAAAAGAGGAAAAGAGCUCCCGCACUAGUUUACGCGGACGGAUAUGAGCUCUAGAAGGAGCUCGUGCUCGCUGAGAAGAGGCGUACUGCGGCCUGUUACCGGCGAUGUACGUGGUAGGAGACAGAAGAGACAUGCUGGAGACAAAGGGCUCCCUCUACCUCCGCUCCGGUCACAUGCACUAUGAUAAGCCCACCAAGGUGUCUGGAUGGCAUCAGAGUCGUGAGGCUGAACCUAAAGAUUAUGAUGUCAGUGAAGCCCCUCUAGGCAAGAAGAACUUGUGUUACUCUACCUAUAGACGACUUGGAAAUAUCAGCAAUGAAGACUGGAACACCACAACUGAACAGCAGCUAUCACAGGUUCAUCUUAAGGGGGAUUAUGAAGUUAGAGAUGUUCACAAGAAAAUGGUCAAUGAAGACAAUCUUGAUACGCUGAAUCUUAAAAGGGAGACUGGACUUCCAGAUAGUGGAUUUGGAGCUGUUUUGCCACAUCAUAGUAAAGAUUAUAACAAAAUGCACUUGGAUACAACCUAUGGUGUUGACUACAUGGCUCCUUUACAGUACACAUCAUCUCUUGUUAAAGAUCCAGAGGUUUCAGACUAUUGUUCUGCCUUCAAGAAAUGCCAUUCCCAAUUUACGGACACAGCAGACUACAGGAGGCCUGGGAGAAACACCUGGCAAGAUGAAAGUGGCAUAUAUGCCAAUAGCGGAAUGAGACAAAGGUUAUUUAAACCAUCCUGCCCCAUCACACCACAUCUUUGACGAUAAAAUACAAUCCUAUAUUAACCUACAGAUUUUAUUAUACUUUGAAUUAGAAUUCUCAGAUUAUUACAUAUUCAUAAUAUAAAACACUUGAAAGCAUGACAUUGAAAUUGUCUUUUUUAUGUAGAUUGAAUGUGCUCAGCCACAACAUUUACAUGAUUCUAACUAGAUAAACAUGAAAUUAAAGCUUUGUAGCAUAUAACUAAAAUGGCACCGAUAACCUACCCAGAGUUUCUUUUAGGGAUAUGCCACUCUGUUAGUAAACACCACUUUAUCAUACUUAUCUACUGCACCUAUCAAGGACAGUAGAAAUGAGGUAAAUUGAGAGAGUGUGAACUUUAUAUCCUAUGCUGAGCGUGAAAGUACAAGUAAAUACAUUGGAUGAGUAUACUUAAAGGGGUACUCCCAUGGAAAAAAAAAUUUUUUAAAUCAACUGCUACAAAGUUAAACAGAUUUGUACAUUACCUCUAUUAAAAAACAUAAUCCUUCC